CCCGUCCUCACGAACGGUCCUUUCGUGCCAAACCUCACUUAGUGUCAAGGUCACCUCGAACGCUUGCUUCCCUUCGGUGUUGUUCCCCGCCCGUCGAAGCAGCUCUCCAUCUCUUCCCAGUGAACAGUCUCUUCGCCCCCGCCUACACGAGAUCGAACACCAUCAUACUCAAAGUGUCUGUCGGGAUCAACGCGGUCGGGUGGGAAUAGUCAUCGCUCCUGGAGCUUGGACAUGACGGUAGUUGGCCAUCGUGGCGCUCGCGGCGCAGUGCACGACUGAGUAUCUUGCGCCAUGCCAGGCGUCGUGGAGACCCCAGCUGGGCCUGUCAGGCCGGAACUGGGAUUCACCGUCGCGCAUCAGAAGGUCGAGCUUGAGAUCGAUUUUGCCAGCAAGAGCCUCAAGGGAAAAACGGAACUCACGAUCCAUCCGCAUCACAAAGACCUUCGCGUUAUCCGUUUAAAUUUCCGACAAGGCGAACUCCGGCGUAUCAAUGUCAGUGGCAAGGUACCUAGCAUCAAAUACACGGACCCUUAUGACACGCUUCAACUCUACGGCCCUCAUUAUCACCAGCGCCUCGCGACGAAGAUAGAUGGACUACUCAAAUCUCCGCCAGAAUCUGACCUUCUCAUUACGGUCCCCAAGAGCGUCCGGAUCGACGAACUUGAUCCCUCCUCGAUUGAAGCUCAAGACCAAAUGACCUUACGUGCUACGGGUUCCGCUGAUGAUGCAGAAGGACCUUCAAGCGCCAAAACAGCCGAAUCGUCACUUCCACGCUUUACGGCCCUCACGGUUACCAUCGACUUCGUCAUUGAGAAUAUUCGGGAUGGGUUGCAGUUUGUCGGAUUAGAGAGUGGCGACAGACGCUAUCCUCACGCUUAUACAACCAACUCCCUAGGGUAUGGCGCUUGCUGUCCUCUCUUCCCCUGCGUCGACGAUCCUUUGUCGCGCUGUACGUGGGAAUUCUCGAUCAAGUGCCCGUGCUCCUUAGGUGAUAUGUUUGAUCGUAAAUCCCGUGAUCAUUCCGGCGCCUCGGGUCCCAGUCGCUCGAAGCCUGCUUCUGGACAUGAAAGGUAUAUCGCUCCGGAUGAUGAGACUCUUGAUUUGUCUGUCGUCUGUUCCGGGGAUUUGACGGAUGAAAUCAUCGACCCCAAGGACCCUACCAAGAAGACGGUUUCGUUCGCCUGCUACUCCCCUCUAUCUGCCCAGCAACUUGGAUUUGCCGUAGGUCCCUUCGAAUACAUCAACCUCUCCGAUUUCCGCGAAAGCGAUCAAGACGAACAGCUUGGUCUAAACGCCAUACCGUUGCACGCAUUUUGCCUCCCGGGAAGAGGAGAUGAAGUCAGGAAUACCUGCUUUCCUAUGGCGAAGGCGAUUGACUUUUUCUCACUGUCUUAUGGAUCGUACCCGUUCGCUAGCUAUAAGAUAUGCUUCGUGGACGACACACCUGAUGCCACACUGCCCACGGCUUGUUUAUCGAUAUGUAGCAGCCGCCUCUUGUUCCCCGAAGACAUAAUCGACCCGAUGUAUGACUCUACUCGCAGCCUGGUUCACGCCCUAUCCUGUCAGUGGAUUGGUGUAAACAUCGUGCCAAAAGAGGCGACGGAUACAUGGGUAACGGUCGGUGUCGCCUGGUACAUCACGGAUACGUUCAUGCGGAAGCUCUGCGGGAAUAAUGAAUAUCGCUUUCGAUUGAAACAGAUGUCUGAUAGAGUAUGUGAGCUGGACUACGAACGUCCGUCGCUCUACGACAUGGGUACGAUAUUGACGAUAGAUCCGUCCGAAAUUGAUUUCAUAGCGCUCAAGGCCCCGCUCGUUCUGUUCAUCUUGGACCGGAGACUUACGAAAGCGAGUGGCAAGGCAACGAUGUCGCGCAUCAUCUCCCGUCUUUUCCUGAACUCCCGGAUGGGUGACAUACCGAAUGGUGCCGUCACGACUUCCCUUUUCCAGAGAACAUGUGAGCGACUCGGCCACGCAAAGCUUGAUUCAUUUUUCCAGCAGUGGGUAUACGGGGCGGGAUGUCCUCGGUUCCAAGCCACGCAGCGAUUCAACAAGAAGAAGCUCGUGGUUGAAAUGAUGAUCCGGCAGGUGCAAGCUGAUGCUUCAAGUACGCGCGACUUAGACAAGAAUGCGUUCAUGAGGGAUGUCAAGGAAGAAAUACGGGGCGUCUAUGCAGGAGUCAUCCAGCCGGUUUUUACUGGAUCCAUGACCAUUAGAAUUCACGAAGCUGAUGGGACGCCUUAUGAACACAUCGUGGAAAUCAAGGAGGGUGUUACGAAGUUCGACAUACCUUAUAAUACCAAGUACAAGCGUCUCAAACGAAACAAGCGACAAAAGGAGCGUGCAGCUGCCGUAACAGGCGGCGAUCCUAAUGCCGAAGCUCAGGAAGAUGUUCUGCUUUACUGUCUCGGUGACGUUUUGCAGACCGAAGACGAGGUUGCUGAAUGGAAACUAAGGGAUUGGAGCGAAGAAGAGGAAGAGAGAAUGAGCAGAGAGUCCUAUGAAUGGAUUCGCAUGGAUGCAGAUUUUGAGUGGAUAUGCAAGCUUUCGUUGGCGAUGCCAGGGUACAUGUACCUGUCGCAGCUUCAGCAAGAUCGAGAUGUUGUAGCGCAGCUGGAGUCAUUGCAAUAUAUGGCGAUCCAGCGAGAGCACGAGCUCAUUUCGACCAUAUUCGUCAGAACACUGAUGGAUCGAAGAUAUUUCUACGGAAUUCGGGUGGCUGCCGCUCGAGCUCUGGUGAAACAUGCUACAAAAGCUGUUGAAUGGGUUGGAUUGUUCCACCUCGAAAGAGCUUUCCAAGAACUGUUCUGCCUUCCAGGAUCCCCAAUGACUCGCUCCAAUGACUUCUCUGACAGAGCAGCAUAUUUUAUUCAAUUAGCCAUUCCUGAGUCCAUAUCUAAAGUACGCGACAGUAACGGCAAAACACCCAUGCGGGUCAAGCGUUUUCUUUACGACAAGUUGAAGUUCAACGACAACUCAAACAACGAGUAUUCGGACAACUUCUAUGUCGCGACCUUGAUGGAAUCGCUAUGCCAUGCUAUGUUGGGCAAGCCUGAGCGGCCCUCGGACGAGAUGGACGAUUUUGACAUGGAGCGUGUAUUGGAGGCUCAGGCAGAAGAACAAUUGGAGAAAGAUGCCAUUGCAGAGAUUGAUAGGUAUCGCAGGAUGGAUGAAUGGUCCAGCUCUUUUCAGAACAUCUAUUCGCGCGCCGCUUUGCGCUGCCAAGUGCGUCUCAUGGAGGCCAAAAUAUUGAGCCUCGAUAUUAUGCAAUUUCUGCCGUAUACUCGAGCUGGAACAUACGAUCUCCUCCGCUUGGAUGCGUUUGAAUGCCUCAUUGAGCUUGACAUCUUCCAAUACCCCGAACUACUGCGAUGGUUUAUUUUCACCAUGUCAAACGACUCUUCUGCCCUUAUCAGGUGUCGCCUACAUAACUUGUUCGGAAAGGCUCUCGCACCAGUCGCCUUUGGCCGGGAAACUAAGGAGGAAGCGCCUGCUAGCAACACCGAUAACCUGAUUAUCGAGCAGGAGUCUUCAACCGAGGUCCGCCAGGCCGACCUUGCCCGGAGACAGACAGUUACCGGAGCCUUGAAUGCACUCAAGAAGGAGAUCUCCGGCGAUCAACUGCUGAAAGAAUCUCUUUGGGCGGCGUGCAAUUCUCCCUGCAUCGGAAUACUCGAGCUCUCCGAGUUUACCGAUCUUUGCAGGGUUCUCUAUGACGCAAUCACGACUCGGAUGGUGUCUCUGAAAUACCCCCGUUACUGGACCGUGAAGCAUCUCGGAAAGGGACGCAUGCACUUCGUCCGAACAAACAAAAUCCGCACGACACUCACACCCUCAAAAGAUACAACAGCCGCCCCGAAACGCAAGCGCGAAGAGCAAGGCAUGGGACCACCGGGCCCUCGUAUUACAUUCAAGCAGUCCAAGGUGGCAUCCAGUACUACACCAUUCAGUCCAAAGCCAUCAUCGCAGCAUAUUCCAACAAAGCUGCACAUUCCAAACCUUCCCUCCCCAGCUUCGUCAGCACAGCCUAAGCCAACGACUGCACCAUCUACCCCAUCCACGCCCAGUGGCGGUGGGUUCAAGCUGAAAUUGAAAUUCGGCCAGAAGCCGAAAUGAGCUCAACUUUACUCACAGCCGUCUUCAUUACACAAAAUUCUAGAUACCAAUUUUAACUCGUAUAGCUUCAUUCAUUCUACAUUGUUUGGACUUUGGGAACGGAGGUGGGCUGAUUUCAGGUCAAGGAGAUGCAUGGCGUGGGGGUUUUCUUUUUUUCACUUUUAUUAUUCUUUCUAGUAUUCUGGGUUAUCUCCACAGGGUAUUAUCUAGUUCCAGAGGCACAUUUGAUUAUUGCCGGUGGGAUGGGUUGGGCAUUGGUUUGCCGAGAAAAAAAUGAUAGACCAU